ACAAGUCCCAGACUGCUCCGCGUCCUCGUCCCCGCCCUGGACCUCAGUUCCGUGCCAGGGUGCACGCGCAGACUCAGAGAGCAGAGACUCCGGCGCAGGGACCACAACUCCCAGAGUGCUCCGCGUGCUUGCCGCCGCCGCGACCAAGAUGGCCGGUAGACUCGCCACCUUCCUCAAGGAUGCCUGGGCCAAGGAGCCGGUGCUGGUCGCGUCCUUCACUAUCGGGGGCCUUGCUGUAAUUCUGCCCACCCUCAGCCCCUUCACCAAAUACGCCACCAUGAUCAACCAGGCCACGCCCUACAACUAUCCAGUGCCCCUCCGAGAUGAUGGGAACAUGCCCGAAGUGCCCAGCCACCCCCAGGACCCCCAGGGCCCAAGCAUGGAGUGGCUGAAGAAACUGUGAGCACCCCUGGUGACAUGGAGGCGGCCCUCCCCUGUAGCCAAUAAAAUUCAAAAAGCGACCCCAGAA